UCUUCAGACGAGUUCAUUCGGUUUUUUGAAAAACGGGGGUCGAGAGAUCGCUAUUUGUUGAAGAAUGCUAUACGUGUGCCGAUAACCACUUGGUCAAUUCUUGAUGUUGCUGUGAAUCGGAAAGGAGAUGCGCUGUGUUAUGGAACUUGGAAAGAUUCUGUAUUUUACGCAAGAUUAUCUGAAUGCACUGCGGAUAAUCCUACAGGUGUUUGUUGGACGGAGCUCUCUAUUCCCAGCCAAGACGCAAGUAUGGCUAUUUUCUCUCUACGGUUUUCAAAACGAGGGCAUGAAGUGUUGUGUGGGGGAUCUGACCGAAACUUGCACAUUUAUGAUUUGGAAUCUAUGAGCCGAGUUGUAACGAUUCCUGACGCACAUGCUGAUGAUAUUAAUGCUGUGUGCUAUGGUGACACCGACUCCAAUUGUUGUAACGUGGAGGUGAUGACGUCUGUGAAAGGUACGCAAGUUUAUGAUCGUCGUGCUCUUGGAGAACUGGAUUAUCAACCGGUUGGGGUGUUCGCUGGUCACCGGGAUGGGAUUACGUACAUCGACGCUCGUGGCGACGACAGGUUUCUUCUGAGCAAUUCGAAGGACCAAACGAUAAAAUUGUGGGAUUUGCGUCGGUUUUCCAAUGAGGAGACAGUGCGGAAGACCGUGAACUGUGUACGACAGCAGUCAUGGGAUUACCGCUGGCAGCCAGCUCCUCCUUGCACACUCACACCCCUUAAAGGGGACACAUCUGUGAUAACUCUCAGAGGACAUAGUGUAUUGCAUACUCUAGUGAGAGCCAAAUUUUCUCCUGCUAGGACCGGCAAGCGGUUUAUUUAUACUGGAUGUGCUCGUGGAGAGGUCGUUAUUUAUGACCUGUUGGCAAGCUCUUCGUCGUCAUCGAACGAUUCCACUGUAAAUCCAGUUUCUCGAAGAUUACCAGGUCACGUAGCAGUCGUCCGUGAUGUCGAUUGGAACCCAUCUUGCAAUGAGAUUGCUACUUGUGCUUGGGACGGUGUGACGGCAAUAUGGAAAUGGGACGAACGACAUGACCAUGUCACAUCCACUGAGGUGAAUAAAAUCGGCGCUGAAGAUUCGUGUGACGAAUCCUAUCAACCGGUAGUAAAGCGCCGCAAAGCUGUGCAGCGCCGAUUGAAGUGCUCGAGCAGGCGGAAACAACCGGCACAAGCUGACGAGGCCACUGAGUCGCCGAAUCCUGAACUUCUAUAUACAUUCUGA